UAAUUGGUUGAAAUAGAAUUUGCAAUAGAAAAUCAAAUUCGGGCAAAGGGCAGCUGCUGCUUCUAGAAAUAAACAACAUUAAGGUUGACUUACACCUUGAUAUAUAGCAUAUACAUAUACUGCAAGACUUUUCCUACCUGGCUUUGGUAAGUAGAGAAAGACAUGGAUUCAGGUGCAGGAAGAGGAGGUGGCUCCAACCCUAAAGACGACGACAGCUUCCAGCUAGAGUCUGGUGGCUACCACCACGACUCGAGCAACCACCACCACCAGGGCUAUUUCUCCGGUGCAGCUGUUAGGAUGACGUUGGCCGUGUUCGUGGUGGUGGGCGUAACCUGCCUUGCUCUCAAUCAAUCUGCAUAUCCUACACAGUUCUUUCAGAGGUCUAAUUCAUUUGCAUCAGGGCCCAAAAACCUAUCUUGUUCCUUAUCUUGUGGUACUGUUAAUCAAACUGCAGUCAUCAUGCAACACAAUGUUUCUUCACCGAUAUUCCAUCAACCUCCUAAUUCUCCUGCAAAAGAUGAUGAGGAGGAGAAUAACUUGGAGAAAACAUUGGAAAGGGCAGCAAUGGCGGACAAGAAAACAGUGAUAAUCACAACCCUAAAUGCAGCUUGGACAGAACCAAACUCCAUAUUCGAUCUGUUCCUGGAGAGCUUCAGAAUCGGAAAUCAAACUCAGAACCUCUUGAAACAUGUGGUGGUUGUGGCCUUAGACCACAAGGCCUAUUCUCGUUGCUUGCAAGUCCACCUCCACUGCUACGCCCUAACCACCGCCGGCGUCGACUUUUCGGGCGAGGCAUUCUUCAUGAGUCAGGAUUAUCUCAAGAUGAUGUGGAGAAGGAUUGAUUUUCUACGUACUGUUCUUGAGAUGGGGUACGAUUUUGUUUUCACGGAUGCGGAUGUAAUGUGGCUGAGGGAUCCAUUUCAAAGAUUUUAUCGAGACGGAGACUUUCAAAUUGCGUGCGAUCACUAUUGGUACAACUCCACGGACUUGAAUAAUUCACCAAAUGGAGGGUUCAAUUAUGUCAAGUCGAACAAUCGGACUAUCCAAUUUUACAAAUUUUGGUACGCAGGGAAAGACUAUUUUCCAGGAAAACAUGACCAGGAUGUGCUCAACAUGAUCAAAUUCGACCCGUUUAUCCCCGGAAUCGGGUUGGAGAUAAGGUUCUUGGACACUGCAUAUUUUGGGGGGUUUUGCGAACCCAGCAAGGAUCUGGAUCUGGUUAUCACAAUGCAUGCGAAUUGCUGUAUCGGGUUGGAAAACAAGAUCCAUGAUAUCAAGAUGGUGAUUGAGGAUUGGAGAAAGUACAUGUCAUUGCCCAGUGGGAGCGAGAGGAAUUUGAGCACUAGGUCUUGGACUGUUCCCCGGAUUUGUGGCUAAAACUAUAUAUUCACUCUCUUUAAAUUAUACAUAUUUCAUCAGAAAUUUUAACUCGAGCCAAGUUUGAUUGACAUUAAACUAAUUAUAUAGCAAGUGUAAUACGCUCAUUUCGUAAUUAUUGUACAAAUAAAAAAAGUGACUAAUCAUAUGACAAAUGUAAUACACUUGCCAAUGUAAUUAGUUUGAUUUUGCCAAACUUGAUUUGGGUAUGAAUUUUCCUUGUCAAACUUACGUUGUGUACAAUUUAUUUUUA